AUGGCAGCUGAAUUGAUUACUGGUGCUCUUGUGUCCACCUUCGUUGAGAAGACUAUUGACAAUUUGGCUUCUCGUUUUGGGGACAUUUUUCGUGGAAAUAAAAGCAACAAGAAGAUGCUAAGCAACUUGAAAGUGAAGCUCCUAGCCAUUGAUGUUGUGGCUGAUGAUGCAGAACAGAAACAAUUCACAAAUCCACGUGUCAGAGAUUGGCUUCUCGCAGCCAAAGAUGUUGUUUUUGAUGCAGAGGAUCUUCUUGAGGAAAUAGAUGAUGCACUCUCCAAAAGCCAAGCGGAAGCUGAAUCUCAGACUGCUGCUAAAAAGGUGUGGAAUUUCCUCAAAUCCUCUUUUGUCAGUUUCUUUGAAAAUGAAAUUGAAUCCAGGAUGGAAAAACUUAUUGAGAACCUAGAAGAUCUAGCAACACAAAACCAUGUUCUAGGUUUGAAAAGGAAUGAUGAUGUUGAAAAGGAAGAAGAUUGCUGGAACUUAUUUGCUAAGCAUGCGUUCCGAGCUCCACCAAAUCAAGAGUGCAGGGAGAUUGGCAUGAAGAUAGUUGAAAAAUGUAAAGGACUACCUCUUGUCUUGAAAACAAUGGGAAGUCUUUUAUACAAAAUAUCAUCUGUCUCAGAAUGGGAAACUGUGUUCCAGAGCAAAAUAUGGGAAUUUUCAGAAGACAGUUGUGAUAUUGUUCCCGCCUUAGCAUUGAGCUAUAUCCACCUUCCUUCCCAUCUGAAGAUAUGUUUUGCUUACUGUGGCCUAUUCCCCAAGGAUUAUAUAUAG